UUUUGGUGAAAAGAUAAUUCUUAUAAAACAAAUGAAUAUCUGGUUUAAACUGAAAGUACAUCAAGCAACGACGACAACAUUUUGUUUUCAUGGCAAUGUUCCCGCCAAAUAAACGUAUGUUGUUGAAGUUGCACUUGCAUGUUGUCUGAGAGAAGGCAAAUGGCGUCCUCGAAGUCUUCCAAGAUCGUUGCGAUGAUCGAUCGAUCACGCAACCCUUCGUCGUCGUUAUUCAAAGAUGUCUCUUUCUAUCUGGUUGACGAAACAAAUGAUGAGGUGAAGAACCUUCUCAAGCAGUGUGGUGCAAAAAGAGAAUUCUACAUAAGUGAGUUGGUUACCCAUGUGAUCACUGAUACCAUCAGCUUUCCUGAAUACGAGCAAGCCAAGGAUGCCAAACUUGAUAUUGUUAAGGAUACAUGGGUACAUGCAUGCAUCAAGUGUGAUACAUUGCUACCAUCAAAACCAUUUUCCCCUGAAACUGAUUUGCUGUUUUCUGGUUUGACAAUCUGCCUAUCACAGAUACCAAAGAAUGACAGAGAUGCAUUGUGGGCUAUGAUCACCUAUAAUGGCGGGGUUUGUCAGCCCAAUCUGAAUGGCAAGUGUACUCAUCUGGCAACAGGCAAAGCUUCGGGUAGGAAAUUUGAAUUCGCUUCACAAAAGCCAGAACAACUCAAGGUCGUAACACCCGACUGGAUAUUGGGCUGCAUAAAGGCGGGAACAACCCUGGAUGAGAGCGAAUACUUCCCGCUAGAAGAAGCGCCCAAGACGCCUGAAUCGACGAAACCAGGAGAAGCCUCCCCUGCCAGGAAUAUCUCAACCCCUAAAAUGAAUGACGGGACCCCAUCGACUCUUUUAACCCCAGUAACACCAACAGUUACUCAAGGCAGUGCAGUUAAAGUUUUAUCGCCAAAGAAACAGCUCCCAAGCUCACCUGCAUCUGAAGGCGAUGAUUUAGAAUCGAGGCAAGCCAGUAAUGGCGGAAUGCAAGCAGAAAGAGCGAAUAAAGACAAACCUGACGUUGGAACAAAAACUGCAGCUGAUUCGACAACGACGGGUAUCGUCGGUAGCUCCGUAACUGCCGCUGUUGCAGAAAGAAACCCUGACAUUUUGAAGGGAUGUGUGUUUGUCUUUGGAGACUACAUGGAAAGGCUACCAGAAGAGACCUUCAAAAUUUGGCUCGAUGUGAUUACGAAACAUGGUGGAGAAGUUGAAGAUACGUAUUCAAAACGUUCUACUCACGUGUUGUGUCUUCAUCAGCAGGGAGAGCUUUGCAAGAAGGCCCUGGCUGAUGGCAAAAAAAUCGCUACAGCGCAUUGGCUUAACGAGGUUUUAGUCAAAAGUGAAUUUUUCACUCCUUGUUACCCACUGCAUAUUCCUGUCCCCUUCAGCUCUUCUGUAUCUGGUUGUAAAGACAUGAUCGUGACUGUCAGUGGCUAUACUGGUGCAGAAAGAUUUCUUGUGAAAAAUAUGAUUUCGAUUUUGGGCGCCAAUUACACUGGAUAUUUUACGCAAGCACAUAGCCAUUUAGUUUGCAAAAAGCCUGAGGGACGGAAAUACGAAAAAGCAUUGGAAUGGGGUGUCAGUAUUGUUAACGCAAAAUGGCUUGGCGAUAUGCUGCAAGCUGGCCAGGUGUUUCCAAGUACUGGUCUUGCGCGCUACACUAAGCUUGGUGAAGCAGACGAGCUAAUCUUGAAUGAAGAAUAUGCAAAGGAAAUCAUGGCUGCUUGGAAGGAACCUCAAGAGAAAACGGAUGCUGUUGCGGAUGAUGACACGUCCAAAUCCAAGAAAAGAAAACAGCCAGAUACAACUGAGGCUAUAGUUAUGACUCAAGACCCGGCUUCAAAGCAGAGGAAAACAGAAUCUACAGAAGAAAAACCACAAGCAUUUGUUCUGUUUACUGGAUUAACUGGCCCUGCAGUUAAUACUUACACGCAGAUGUUGAAGAAAAUGAAAGGAGAAAUCGCCAAAGGUGUCAAGAACUGUACACAUCUUAUCGCUCCCAAGAUCACUAGGACAGUGAAAUUUCUGUCAGCCAUUUCUGUCGUAAACCAUAUUGUCACACCGUCUUGGAUCGAGGAGAGCAACAAAGUUGGGUCCCUGUUGGAUGAGGCGGAAUAUUCCUUGAAAGAUCCAGAAUCCGAAGAGUAUUUUGGUUUUAAACUUGAUGUAUCGAUGCAAAGAUCUCGCACUCGAAAAGUUUUUCAGGGUCUCAAAUUUUUUGUCACUCCCAAAAUAACACCGGCUCCCGGUCCAAUGAAAGAAAUUAUAGAAUGUGCAGGAGGCGAGAUGGUUGAACUAAAAGAUGGCGAAUCUGCAUUUGCCCAGUUUCUUGAGAGUAAAAUCAAGAAAAAAGAAAACAGCUAUGUUGUGACGUGUGAAGAAGACCGAGGUUUAUGGGAGCCCUUGCACAAAGAGGGGCACGAAGUCUACAAUGUGGAACUCGUUUUAUCCGGUGUCAUGAAACAGGAAUUAGAAUGGGAAUCAUAUCCUUUCCUGCCAAGAAAUGCAAAACGUGAAAAUUUUGGUCUUUCAACUAUUUUUGGCAGUGAUGCUGAUAAAAUUAUCCUUUUAUCUAUGUUUCGUUAUUCCAAACAGAUGUUGAAGAAAAUGAAAGGAGAAAUCGCCAAAGGUGUCAAGAACUGUACACAUCUCAUCGCUCCUAAGAUCACUAGGACAGUGAAAUUUCUGUCAGCCAUUUCUGUCGUAAAUCAUAUUGUCACACCGUCUUGGAUCGAGGAGAGCAACAAAGUUGGGUCCCUGCUAGAUGAGGCGGAAUAUUCCUUGAAAGAUCCAGAAUCCGAAGAAUAUUUUGGUUUUAAACUUGAUGUAUCGAUGCAAAGAUCUCGCACUCGAAAAGUUUUCCAGGGUCUCAAAUUUUUUGUCACUCCCAAAAUAACACCGGCUCCCGGUCCAAUGAAAGAAAUUAUAGAAUGUGCAGGAGGCGAGAUGGUUGAACUAAAAGAUGGCGAAUCUGCAUUUGCCCAGUUUCUUGAGAGUAAAAUCAAGAAAAAAGAAAACAGCUAUGUUGUGACGUGUGAAGAAGACCGAGGUUUAUGGGAGCCCUUGCACAAAGAGGGGCACGAAGUCUACAAUGUGGAACUCGUUUUAUCCGGUGUCAUGAAACAGGAAUUAGAAUGGGAAUCAUAUCCUUUCCUGUAGCUGUUUUUAGAUAGUUCAGAUGUUUCAGGGAUAGAGAAUUUCAAAGUUUAUCGAUACUCCUUGAAACGUCCCAUAAUUACGAAAGGGUAAACUAACGUUUUUCACCCAGUGGCGGUUCGAAAAUGGUUAGAUAUGGUUGUUGAGGUUGACUCUUUUGUUUAACCAAUCGAUGCCCAUAAACACAAAAUAUAGUUGCAGAGUCCACACCAGAAAGUAAAAUAUUAAUGGAGAAAAACAUUCUUGACCACCACCUUAUGUUUCAUACACUGAAUAUGAAGAAAAAUAGCCUUCUAGACGCUCAUAAAAUACUUCCAAUUUUACCUCCUUUUUUUAAUUUACCAUUCAAAAAUAUCUGAGUAGCAUAAAGCGAUGAAAAAUUUAAAUCUAUGACUAAAAAUUGAUUUUGACAAACCCUUGUAAGACCAUAUGACUUUGGCUUAUUGCUAAGUGGUGACGUAGUUAAUACUAAGUUGUGAAUCAAAUAAAUUCACAGGAAAGGGGCGCACCUGAUUGGUUUGAUGUUGGCCAAUCACGUCCUUCUGUUUUCUGAAGCCCUGUUUAUAACAAACCCACCUAGGCUCAAUCCGGUUUAAUUAACUCAGGUAAAACCCAGCGGCAUAAAUCCGGACUAACUAGCAUUGUCAUUAUGUGGGUACAUUCGAGAUUUUAGUUGCAUAAUAAAUUUGACAAUGUCAAUUUGGAAAAACUAAUUGUUUAGAUUUUCAGUAAAUUAAUAAAAAUAGAUUGAGAUAUCGAUUUAACCUUUGGUUUUUCGAUUUGGUUUUCUUGAGUACCAUCAAUGACGUGACAUCUUGGCCUAAAAAUUUAUUUGCUUCUGGAUGUACCCUGCAUUUUGUCUAAUUGCUUUUUGCGUGCUUUCAAUCCUUAACAUUUAUCAAGCAUCGCUUUUAAUCUGGGUUUUUGGUAGCAUAUCCACUGGCGUUUAUCGCAGUUUCAUGUUCAUUUGGAGCAUCGAAAGUUAAUUCUGGAUCAUGUGCGACAAUUUUCAUAUGAAAGUCAGUUGCAGCCGCUUGUUAAUAAAAAACAGUUUGUAUAGAAAAAAACUAAUUGUCUAGUAUUACAGUAAACUAAUUACUUUUUAAAAGGUAAAGAUUAGAAAUAGGAUAUAUCAUUUUUGUUCUUGUUUUGUAUUAUAACUGAUGAGUGAAUCAAAUUUCCUAGCAACAAUGGAAAUUUGGGGCGCAACUAAGCGUUCUAUAUCUUUAUUUUGUAUAAAAUAUUGAAUGGCCUAAAUCCAAUUUUUUUCAAUGUAGCAUAGGGCACGUCAACAUAUGUCAUUACAAGGGACCUAUGGUCAUUCUUUGUCCCCAUAAAAAAUUAUCAAUGUUUACGAGCAGUCAAUACGCAAUUAAUUGAAAGAUGCGCGUUUUUCAAACACCGCUACAAAAAAUCCUGCCCUUUUUAAGUUGCUGACUUUGUUAAAGAAAAUACUUGUCAUGAAAUGCGAUUUUGAAAAUUUAAAAUUUCCGUUAUCAUCAAGGAAAUACUUUGCAAUUUAUUUUAUCUUCAUUGAAUCCCCUCACGAUAUUAUUUCUCUUAUGACGAAACCAAAGUCAUCGCCCCUCAAAAGCAAAAUUCAUAGAUUUUCUCUUUUACUUCAUGUAUUACUUCAUUACCAUUUUUGUUGUAUGCAUUCCAUAUUACUAUUGUAAACAUUUUAACCAUAUUUGAGCUGAACAAUUCGUAUCAACUUAUCACAAUUAUUACUUGUAAAUUUUUCAUAUAACAGGCCAAGAAAUGCAAGUAUUCGUUUGGUAGUCAAUAGACUUUGGUCCUCAUUUAUUUAUACACUUUACUGGUAUAUUGGCAAAAUACUGUUAGUUAUUCUCUUGAACUGAAGUACCAGUUUUAACAUCGUUUAAACCUUAAGAACCUGUAAAUGAAUCGUUCCCCGUUUCUCAUCAUAGCGAUUAAAUGCGUUAAUGUGUUGUGAACUCUUUUUUGUAGCAUGUUUUGUUUUUUGAUAUUGGGGUUAUGGUUGUAAAAAAUCAAAAAUAGCGUGGAAAAGCGAAAA